ACGUUUUCGCUAUAGCGACGGCGCAUUGGAAACCCCGGCCUCGCUCCUGCUGCCGUGCGGGUGGGUGCGGUCACCGGCCAGCCCGAAACGGGAGCUCCAAAGCCCACGCACCUCGGCACCUGACAACCCCCCGGCAUCUCCGUCGGUCCGUCCACCCCCCACCUCCGCGAGGGGCGACCAGAGAACGCAACCGCCGCCGCCGCCAUGUGGCGCCGCCUCCAAACCCUAGCGCCCUCCCUCCGCCGCGCUGCCGCCGCCGCCGCCGCCACAUCGUCGUCCUCCGCCCGCGCCGCGCCCCUCUCCACGGCGCCGGCCGCGUUCCGGCGCACCUCGCCCCUCCUCUCCUCUCCUGGCGACAAGCCGGCGCCGACCAAGGUCGAGGAUGUCAUGCCGAUCGCCACGGGGCUGGAGCGCGAGGAGCUCGAGGCGGAGCUCCAGGGGGGGAAGAGGUUCGACAUGGAUCCUCCCGUCGGCCCCUUCGGCACUAAGGAGGAACCAGCUGUGAUUGAAUCCUACUAUAACAAGAGAAUAGUUGGCUGUCCUGGUGGCGCAGGAGAGGAUGAACAUGAUGUUGUCUGGUUUUGGUUGGAAAAGGAUAAACCACAUGAGUGUCCAGUCUGCUCGCAGUACUUUGUGCUCAAGGUCAUUGGCGAUGGAGGUGAUCCAGAUGGGCAUGAUGAUGAUGAAGAUGAGCAUCACUGAGGCCAUGUGUCAGUUGGCAAUAAUAAGAACUUGGUGAUACAUGGUUUUUAGCCUUAUCUUUGCAGCAUCAGACUGCUCUAUAGUGUUGUAAUUGAUGAAUGUUUGACCAAGAAACAGGUCAGGUGGUGUUUUUCACCUACGGAUUUUGUUCGAGCCGUGUAGACCUUA